AUGGAUCUGGAGUAUAGUCCCCUCGGGGAUGAUCUGCGGGAUCGUCUGGAGGCGUUCUUCGGCCGCAAGGAUCACUUCGUCGAGGUGAACCCAGGCCGGGUGGUUAUGCCACGGCGGAUCACCGAGCUGGGUGAUUCGAUCCGGACGCUACCGAUCCGCCCGGAUGACGUGUGGCUGAUGUCGUUUCCACGAGCCGGAUCAACUUGGGCCCAGGAGAUGGUGUGGCUGUUGGGGAACAAUCUCGAUUACGAGGCAGCCCGGAACCAAAUGCAACAGGUCCGCACACCGUUGCUCGAGCUUUCGGUCAUCUUUUCCGACGAUCGCAGUGUCGAGGAUACCGUGACGCGGCACGAGAAAAUUGAUUCGGUGCAGUGUGUACACCAGAUGGCGGGAAGACGGUUCAUCAAAUCUCACCUUCCGUGGCAACUGCAUCCCCGGGAGCUGGACACGGUGCGGCCAAAGAUCAUCUACGUGGUGCGAAAUCCGAAGGAUCUGUGCGUCUCGUACUACUACUACUGCCAGCUGAUCCAUCGGUCCGAGGGUACGUUUGAGGAGCUGUGCGAUAUAUUCCUUGCCGAUCAGGCCCCGAUCGGGCCAAUGUGGGCGCACGCGUUGGCUUUCUGGAAGCGCCGCAAUCAGGGCAACAUUCUGUUCCUCCGGUACGAGGAUAUGAAGCGCAAUCUACCGCAGGUGAUACGUCGUUGUGCGCAAUUUCUCGACUUUGGCCGCGAGCUUACCGACGACGAAGUGCAACGGAUGUGCGAACACCUCCAGUUCGAUCGCAUGCAACGCAAUCCGGCCGUCAAUCUCGAGCCGCUGAUGAAGGACUCGUCGGUGAUGCAAAACGACGCCAACGGGGUAAAGUUCAUUCGCAAGGGUGAGAUUGGCGAUUGGAAAAACCACAUGGACGCGAAGAUGUCUGCGAGGUUUGAUGCCUGGAUCGAGGAGCAUUUCGAGGGUUCUGGGAUUGAGUUCGAUUACGAAUGA